UGCUCUCGUCAUCAGACUCGCCUUUCUCUCUCCUCGACAAAGUUCGCAUCUUUAUCUUUGGCUCUCCUUCGCCUUCUCCUUCUCCUUAAUACUAGAACGCCGUAUCCUCGUUCUUUCCCUACCCUACAAAGCCCCAUAUCCUUUCUCAUAUUUCUACCUUUGUAUCUUUAUUUGAUUUCGGGGCCGAGAAGAAAAAGACAAUUACGCUUAUAACCGACGGCCCCCCAGGCUCAGACGACUUUUAUAGGGCUGAGAGUGAAAAAGACAAUUACACUUAUAUCUCGCCUGCCCUGCAAACCACAAACUGGAGGGCUUCCCCAGCAGGAGCUGCUUCCUCCUAACCGACGGCCCCCAUGACGCGCCGCCAUGUGGUACCCCAGGCUAAGAUGACUUUUAUAGAUUCAGGUCAUGAGGCUGAGUGAGGAACAAUGGAUUCAAGACAAUUUUAUCAAGGGUUUGCGGACAUGAAUCAACCCCUGGAACUGAUUUUGGGAAACAUGACAGCAGCAAUGUGUAUCUUAUCAGCAUUGUUCAUGAGAUUUGCGUGGAUGGUACAGCCUUGCAACUAUGUACUUCUGGCAUGCCAUGUCUCGAAUGAGACUGGGCAACUCUAUCAACUCUCAUGAUGGGGAAAGGGUCAGGGAUUCGGGGCAAGGGGCCCGGCAAGGAACAACGGAUUCCAGACAAUCUUAUCAGAUGGAUUCAAGACAAUUUUGGGUUUGCGGACAUGAAUUAACCCCCGGAACUGAUUUUGGGCAACAUGACAGCAGGGCUUUGGAAAGGCUUUGUGUUUUUCUUGGUAUAUGUUGUUUGGUUGAGAUUCUAAUAUUAUGUUUGCUAUUGGUGCUUGUAGCAAUAUGUAUCUACUCAGCGUUGUUCAUGAGAUUUGUGUGGAUGGUACAGCCUCGCAACUAUCUACUUCUGGCAUGCCAUCUCUCGAAUGAGACUGUGCAACUCUAUCAACACUCACGAUGUUCUAAGCGUCAGGGAUUCCAAGGGGCUGGGCAAGGAACAGUGGAUUCAAGACAAUCUUAUCAGCAAUGUGUAUCUACUCAGUGUUGUUCAUUAGAUUUGCAUGGAUGGUAUAGCCUCGCAGCUAUCUACUUCUGGCAUGCCAUACCUCGAAUCAGACCGUGCUACUCUAUCAACUCUCACGAUGGGAUUCAGGCCAAGUGGCUGGGUAAGGAACAACGGUUUCAAUACAAUCUUAUCAGGGCUGAGAAUGACAAAAUUACACCCGCGAACCACACACCGAUGGGCUUCGCCAGGAGGAGCCGCUUCCGCCUAACCGACGUCCCCCAGGCUCAGACAACUUUUAUAGAUUCAGGCCAAGAGGCUGGGCACGGAACAAUGGAUUCAAGACAAUCUUAUCAGCUUCAGCAGGAGAAUGUGGAAAGAAAUCACGAGUAGGAAUUUGAUUGACAAUCCUAGCUUCAAAUGAGAAGCGAUCAUUGAGUGGGUAGAAAAUGAGUUGAAGGGAGGAAACUUGAAACAGAUUUUGUGGAAGCUUAGUUUGGGUAAAAUUAGCUUAAAUAUGAUAAUCAGCCAAAAUCAGAGGAGAAAAUUGUGCAAAAUAUAAUUUGGGAGAAUUAGAUCUAGAAUUGUGGCCACAGGAAAGUUUCAGAUGCCUAAUGAGAAUCUGCAAUUAUGCAGAAGAUGAAUUUUCCUUUUGGUAUGUUUAUUUCUGCAGAUGGUAAAUUGAGAUGAUGGCUUGUGGUGGUUGCGGUUUAGCUUACCCGAUUGGUAUGGUUAAAAGGGGUUUAAAUUGCUGUUAAGGUGAGUACGUAGUUCUGCAAAAAUUUUGCAAAAGUGGGAGACCUCUGUUAGUAGUAAUAUGUCUUCCUUGGUGUGGUCAUGUUUGGCUGUGUAUUGUUGUUUGUAGCUCUUUUGGUCUGUAUUUGUUGAUACAUUCUUGGUUUGUAUAGAGUUGUAGUUUGUGGGGUUCUCUGCUCUGGUGGGUUGAGCAUUGUAAAGGGUAGUUGCUGAGGCAAGUUGUUCCAGCAAAUCUGCUGGAACGAGUGUUUUGUAUCUUCUUGUUCUUUUAUGGAAAUGCUCAUUCAUCCAAACAAAAAUUUGUGAGGUGGAAUUCAGACUGCAGUGUUCACAGUUUUGUUCAUGUGAACCUUGAGUUUUUAUUGGCUGGCUUAAGAGUAUAGAUAGACCUAUUUGAUGUU